UUAUGUUGUCAUUCCGGCACGUACCGUCGCCUCGUUUGACCCGUUGCGUUGGCUGCGAUACGUAUAAUUGAGAUUCUGCCGCUGACAUUACGGCAGUUAACCGCCGCGCUCGUGUUAUUUUCUCGCCUGUGAGUGUUGUACAGUCGCAACGUGUACAGUGGAGCUACUGGACACACCUCGCGGACAAAAAAAAGAAAAGACAAGCACACAGCUGGCUAGCUUAGCGGAGCCGUUAGCUGGUACACACGUCAACUUAGCCCACAGAAGCUAGCUAACUUCUGUUCGCAGGGACAGCCGGGAUCAGCAGAUCCAGGGAGAGGAGCCUGUUUGCAUUCCAGUGCAGGUACUAGACAAUGGAGGUGAAAAUCAAAGAGCAGGACGAAGACAGCACAUUCAGCAACACUGACACGAAUGGUAAACGCCCAGCAGAGGACAUGGAUGAGGAGCAGGCCUUCAAACGUUCUCGCAACGCAGACGAGAUGGUGGAGCUUCGUGUGCUGCUUCAGAGCAAAAAUGCUGGUGCUGUUAUUGGGAAAGGAGGCAAGAACAUAAAAGCUCUACGCACAGACUACAAUGCCAGUGUAUCAGUCCCAGACAGCAGUGGCCCAGAGCGGAUCCUGAGCGUGAAUGCCAGCAUCGACACGAUUGGAGAGAUUCUGCUGAAAAUCAUACCCACCCUAGAGGAGUACCAGCAUUACAGUGGGAUUGAUUUUGACAGUGAGCUUCGCCUGCUGAUCCAUCAGAGCUUGGCAGGGGGCAUCAUUGGGGUAAAAGGUGCCAAGAUUAAGGAACUGAGAGAGAACACCCAGACCACCAUCAAGUUGUUCCAGGAGUGCUGUCCACACUCCACUGACAGAGUUGUCUUGGUGGGAGGAAAGCCAGAACGUGUCAUUGAAUGUAUAAAAGUGAUCCUGGAGCUGGUGUCAGAGGCGCCAAUCAAGGGUCGUGCCCAGCCUUAUGACCCUAAUUUCUAUGAUGAGACAUAUGACUACGGCGGUUUCACCAUGUUAUUCGAGGAAAGAGGCAGACGACCCAUUGGUGGCUUCCCCAUUCGUGUGCGUGGGGGCUUUGAGCGCAUGCCCCCCGUUCGUGGCAGUAGACCCAUGCCGCCUUCCAGACGGGACUAUGAUGACAUGAGCCCCCGUCGGGGUCCCCCACCACCACUAGGCAGAGGUGGACGAGGGGGCAGCCGAGCACGUAAUUUGCCUCUUCCCCCACCACCGCCGCCAAGAGGAGGGGGAGACAGAUUCUCACACGGCAGCUAUCAUGGCAGCAUGGAUGACAGACCAAGUGACAGAAGAGGACGAGGAGAUCGUUAUGACAGCAUGAGUGGAGGCGGAUAUGACAACAACUCUUCCUGGGAGCAUUUUCAGUCUGGUGGGAGAGGCUCAUACAGUGACAUUGGAGGCCCAGUCAUAACAACACAGGUCACCAUCCCUAAAGAUCUGGCUGGCUCCAUCAUCGGUAAGGGCGGCCAGAGGAUCAAGCAGAUCCGCCAUGAGUCCGGGGCAUCCAUCAAGAUUGAUGAACCACUAGAGGGCUCUGAGGACCGCAUCAUCACCAUCACAGGAACACAGGACCAGAUCCAGAACGCUCAGUACCUGCUGCAGAACAGUGUGAGGCAGUACUCUGGUCGGUUCUUCUAGGAAGAAAGAAGUGAAGAAGAUGAUUGAAGCCAUGCUGCCAAACUGUUUGCUCCUUCUAUUCAGAGCCUACAUUCCUCUGGUAGAUGUGCCCCCCUCCCCCUCACGAUCUCACACUAGACCAUCGAUCUAUAAAUGUUUAUUUUGAGGAGAAAUCCGAAGCUGUCAAACGGCAAAACAAGGAGUCGACAACAUGUUUUCUGUGCUGGUGUUCAUUAUUUUUCGGGAUAUUCUUGUGCCGUCAUUGGAGUAAACUCAUCUGUGUGAUAACUUUCGGUGUUGUGAGCCUCCCCCGGCCUUUAUCUCCCUCAUUUCAGUACAGCAUGCAGAAUGUAAUCUUUUUGUAAGGAACAUUACGUGAUUUUUAUUUUUUAUUUUUUAUUUUUUUGCCCCCUCAAAUGUUUAAGCACACUCUUCAAAUGAAGAUGCAUGCUCUUAAAGAAAAAAAAACAAAAAAACUCUUACUUUUUACACCCAGCAUCCUUUUCCACUGUCAAAUAAAGUGCUUUUGUAAGAUGGGCGUUAAUGGAGUUGGUUGACAUUUUGGGAAAUAUGCUAAUUUGUGUCAGGUGGAGAGAUGUAGCUCGAUGAGAACGUCUGUACCACUGAUAAAUCUUCUCUUCUAGCUCGCUUACUCUCCGCCAGGAACCGAAUAAGUGUAUUUUUCUUGCUUAAAAGUUGGGAUAAACGUGCCAGUGUGAUAUAGCAACGAGACAAUUUUAAGAUUUUUUUGUUUUUCAUUGAAAGACAAGGAGCUGUAUAAAGUUUUGUGUGUAUAUAUUUACAUAGAAACAGUAAUUUCAUGAGUGGUUAAAUUGGCCCAGGAUACUUUCUACUUUCUUGAAAUGAAACGGUGCCAUAAGAAAGGUUUGGUUAUCUUUUUUUUUUUUUUUGGUCUAUCUUUAUAUUAUUUGUUUUCUGCCACGAUGGACUCACUGUAAAACAGCCUUGAAGGAUAAGUUCACACUAAAUGGAAAUUCGGUCAUCAUCUACGUUCCCGCUCGGCCCAUAGACUUCACACUGUGAUGAUGUGAUGGUUCUUCAGCUCAAGUAAAGCCAUAACUUACGUCCAAAAUGUCCUGUUAACUGUUUUAGAGACGUCAAGAAUAAAAGCUUUUAAGGCCGCAGGGGAAUUUUGUAAUUGCAAUACCACAAGUCUCCAUCGGGCACAAUUUCAAAUGGCAUCUUUUGAAAUCAUUUCGGGAUCACUAAGCUUCGACAGACUUCUGUUACUUUGGGCAAGCUGUGUGGAGCCAUCGUAUGUUCAUGUUUUUUACGUUCUUAAACAAGUCCCCAUCUACUUCAGUUGCCCAGGAGAAACGCCAAACACAAUUUUGCUGCAAAGCUCCAGAAAUGUUUUGUGGAACUGCGAAGCUUCGCCGGACUUUGCAUUGGUGUGGAAAAGGGAAAAAAACAGACCUUUAUGAGAUUAUAACAUCAAAAUUGUAUUGUUAUGAGAAUAUAUUUUUCCCAUUAUAAGGACAUACAUGAUGACAAAGCCUUCUUAUUAUAACAAUGUAAUAUUUAUAUUCAAACAUUUGUUUUGUUACAGUGUUAUGAAGAGAAUAACAUGAAAAUAUGUUGAAUAACUUGAAAUAAGUUGAAAUAUUUUCAUAUAACACAAAAACAGCUUGUUAUAGCAUAAAAAGAAGAAAAUCUUUUCAGGUGAUAUUGAUCUGUUUUGCUUUCUCUGGUGUGGAAGCAGAUAUAAUGACUGAAUUUCCCUUUUUGGGUGAACUCGUCCUUUAAUUUAAAAUCUGUUAAAUCAGUUUUUCUUUCUGGUUUUCUUUUUUCUUUUGCCAGUUUCGAGGCAUUUUUCUAAAGAUGCAGUUUUGACCCGAGGAGUCCACGAGUGGCGUGUUUUCGUUCUGUCUGCUCAUAACCUGUUAUCUCUCGUGUCUGAUAUCUGUAUUACCUGCAGGUGUUGAGUAAAAUAAAGUCUGUGUCACAGUUCA